AUGGCUCAGUCUGUUAUGGUUACAAUGAGACAUAGAUUUCUCCGCUGUUUUGAGCGUUUAAAAGCUUGGAGUCAAAGUGUAACUACCCAAAGUGGCGUUGGAAGUUAUAUUGUUGGUGUUUCUAAAGCAAUGGGAGCUAAAGUUAUUACAUCAGCUUCCAAAGAUGAUGCAAUCAAGUUGCUUAAAGAUACUUUAAAAGCUGAUCAUGUAUUAAAUCAUGCUAAACAAGAUAUUGUUGAAGAAGUUUUAAAAUUGACUAAUGGCAAAGGAGCUGAUAUUGUAUAUGAUGCAACAUAUUCGGAAUCAAGUUUUGAUAAAUCAAUUCAAACUGUAGCUGAAGGUGGUCACUGGAUAGUGCUGGGUAGUCAAUUUGCUAAUGAAGACAGCAAAGAAGCUAAAGCCCUCGCCAAACGUAAAGCUAGUGUGAUACAUGCUGAUAUGGCAAAAUAUUCGAUAAAUCCAGAAUAUGUAGCAAAAGUUAAAUCAUUCUAUGGUGGUGCAUUGAAACAUGCAACAGAAUGGGUUGAACAAGGUAAAUUACAUCCAAUUACUCAAACGAUUAAAUUGGAACAAGUACAAGAAACACUUGCAUUAGUAGCUAAAGGAAAAACGGGAACGGGCAAAGUUGUAGCCAUAAUUCAUCAAUAG